GAAAUUGCAUUUAACUACUCAGUCUAGUAUUGUCGCUGUGAGAAGUUAAAAGUGCUCGAUUAUUAAUUUAAAAUCAAUUUUACGUGAAAAUAAAAGAAAAAAGUUAUAUACUCAGUGCAAAAUGCGUUUCUUUGCAACAUGUGGAAUACUAUUUAUAGCCUAUUUGGUUUAUGUGAAUGCGGAUGCCUGCGUUCAAUGUAAUUCAGCUAACGAUAUUAAAUGUGCCACAAAUCCCGAUUCAUUUUUAGCUAAAGAGUGCACCAAUUCCACAUCGAAAUGUUACACCAGAGUUUUAGAUGGUAACACUAUUCGUGGUUGUGCUAUGGACUUAGAUAAUGCCACCGCCUCUAAUUGCAACAAUGAAAUGGAAUGUCUGAUUUGUACCUUUACCGAGGGCUGCAAUCGUCAAGUAUUUCCUACCCAUCGUUUACAGUGUUUGCAAUGUAGCGGUAAUAAUGAAAACAGUACCUGUGCCACUGAUAUCUAUGCUAAGCCGGUGAUUUGUCCCACCUAUAAAUUGGGCGAUAAAUGUUAUAUUCGCAAAGAUGGCCGUAAUAGUACCAAUUCCGUUCAACGUGGCUGUCUAUCAAGUGCCCAAGCUAAUGGUUUAUGUAAGGAUAUUUCCAACUGUUAUACUUGUGAAGGUGCUGGUUGCAAUUUCUUGGAAUUCAAUACCACUGAAAUUCCUUUGGCCCGUGAUUCCGCCAUGGCCUAUGGUGGUGCUUCUAUGUUGCUGUUGUUGGUGGGAGUUGUAACUUCACGUUUCUUUUAAAAACCAACACUUUUCUUUUGUUUUAUAAUUGCACAAUUUAUUUUUCAUCAAUGUUUUUAUUUAAUAUGUAGUUUUUUGAACAAAAUGAAAACUAAUGUAGUUACUCUUACAAUUUAACUUUUAUAUCGGAAAAAUAAAUUUUGAAAAACUAAUUUAAAAACAUAAAA